AUGCGCCGGUCAUCGUCCUCACGACUCGCACGAAGUCGACGCACCUCGUCUAGCGGAAGCGGGCUCGCAUGGACCACUCAAGGCACAAGUCCAAAGCUUAGCCCUCAAAUUAGUCCACUCAUUGUGCCUGGUCCGAGUCCAAGAAUCAACCCGUUCAAACAGCUAACAGAGUCCCCUCCAUGUACCACUGCGCUAAAGCUGCAGCAGCAAAACUCGCUUUGUGGUUCGUCACGGACCAAAAAUGUAUUUUUUUCUCAGUCAGGCCAGAGUGAUGCGGCUGGAACAACAAAGUUGAAGCAAAUUGCUGGUGGUGGGCACGCCCUUGACAGCAGUGGCGAGUAUGUCCUCGUUGAAGAGUUAUUAGAACGUGUUGUCAAUAAUGAAGCCGCAAGGCAUCAGGAAGGAGACAAAAAUAGCGCUUUACCUUCCAUUUGCUGUCAGGGAGAGUUGGUGGCAAAAUCAGCGACUCCCACUGACCGCUCAGAUGUGCCUGCUGAGUUAUACACUCGUGAGUAUAGACAACAGCUUAUCGACAUUUUGAUAUUGCGCACGCAAGCCAUUGCUCCGCUUGCAGAUCGACUGUGGGAAUUGAGUACAGGGGGCGAUGUAUCUUUAAAUUGCACAAUCGAACAUGCCGAUGUUCUGUCAGGCCAUGGGGAUUUGUCUAUACAGCCUGGAGGUAAAGGGAAGUCAUCAUCAUCGACGUCAGGCGAUAAACGCGCUGGUUGUGGCAAUUUCUCGACUGUGUUUUCUUUGAGCUCGUCUUUGGCCUCUUCAAUUGGUGUAAGUCAUACUCUUGCUGACGAUUAUGAUGGUGAUGAUGACGAGUACGAAGUCGAAAGGCACAAGGCUGAACGUCAGUACAUGCUUGCCGCCGAGGCUUUGGUGUUGUAUGUCAAGUGUUUACGGCUUGUACAGAGCGUUGUAGUGUUCUUUCGCUUCAGUCAAGUUCCUGGCGGCUCAAUUGAAUCAUCUGGAGCAUCCGAAGCAGGAGAUAUAUACAGACGAAGUGACACGAGUCGGAGGAUUUCGAUGGCUUUUCUAUCCGAACAAUUAACGCAUUAUUUGGAUCGCGCGGAGCAAUGCAAGGUGCAAAUGGCUCACGCUGCACGUUUCCGUUUUUCGUUUCAGUCGAUUGCUUCUCAAGAGGAGCUGCUGUACUCUCACGCGCUUCGUAUUGGACGCCAGGGAGCUAUUCGCGAAGUUCUGGGUCAAAUUCAAGCUGCACAUGAUCACUAUCUGCAAGCCCUACUCUUGCUGGAGAGCUUGCUUUUGGAUUCGUCAGGGGCUAGAGGCAAUACGUUAGCCAUUGAUGAUCAGAAGAAUGUGAAUACCCUCUUGCGCGCACUCGAGCUUCGCUUAAGAAAGGUUCGCACUUUGCUUGAUGACUGA